AUGAUUAACUUAUACAACGACUUCAUUGAGAAAAAGAAUUUAGAGUUUGGAAAAAUGAGCUAUGACUUACGAUCCCCACCAAGCCUUGAUACGAGAGCUAUGGCAGCUCACGACCAGAGAAAAAAUGCCCUCAAAGCAGCUCGUCUUAACCGUUCUGAUGAGAUACAGCUAGAAACUAUCAGAGAGAAAUAGAUUCAGAAUGAGGAAUUGGCGUUACUUAAAAGCUGAGCAUCCCAAACUCCAUGAAGAAAAAGGCUAUUGUUCCAGAAAUAGAGGUGAUGGGCAGCUGAAGUUUAAUUGAAAGCAGGAUCUCUUCCAGAACCACUCCCAGGACUUAAAGGAGAGAAAUUUGAAAACUAUGAAUAAAUCUCGAACUGAAAAGAAAUCCCAUCCACAUAAAAGCUAUCAAAAUGCAAUUGGAAAGAUCAGAUUGUUCCGUGACUUAAAGAAGGUGCCUGGAUCUAGAAGAGCCAUUAAGAACGGUAGAGUUCUACAUGAAAUUUCAGGGUCAUACUUUUGUGAAAAACAGAAACUACACAAGCCUAAUCAAAUCAAAAAUGGCAGUAUGCAUAAAAGAAAGAUUAAAAAUUAUAAAUUAAAAGAUAUUCGGCAGAAUGAAAAGAAACAGAUUAAAAAAUAAAUCGACGAAAAAGAGUAAGGCUCAGAGGAAAUUAAGGAAGAUUAGUUUCAAUGAUGAGACGAACCUAAACAAAUUGAACCUUGCACAGCAAAAUUUUAUCAACACAGGCUCUGAAGAGCGAGUCAAAGGGAAUCUGAAGCAAAGAAGGAGUAUUAAAGCGAUUAUUACUUCUCGGUGAAGAGAGAAUUUAGAUAGACAACCACUUGUUCCGAAACCAUGCCUGAAGAACAUUAACAAAGAAGUUGAAAGAGAAGUAAUCACUGAAAUCAAACACAUUGCAGAUACUAGCAUGGAACAAGAAAAGCCUUAUUGAUAUAUUCCAAGUAUUCCUCAGGCUCUUGGAAGAGAUUUAUCGAUAAAUUCUGACGCAAAAAUGGAAUCUGAAGAGAUUCCUCAGCAAAAGAUCUUCAAAGCAAUUAAAAACAGUUUUUGGAGUUUUCAGAAGAACAAGAGAUUGGAGAAAACUCACUGUCCCUUACAAGUAGAGUACAUGAAGAACUAUGGAGAGCGACUGCUAGAGAAAUAUCUUCUCAGGGAGAAAGACUUUGGAGACCCUUUUCUUGGCCAUAACAUUCCGAAACAUUUAAGAUGUAAGACAGCAAGAUGGGUCAGAAAAAUCUGAAUUACCAUGAAGAUCAAAAACAAUAGUCCUCGAGUGUUCCAUCUCGCUAUGCAUAUCUUUGAUUACUUCUUUUGGAUGAAACAAGAAAUUGAGAACUUUACUGAUCAGCAUCUUCACCUGAUCGCAGUGGUGAGUAUCUUCAUGGCUUCUAAAUAUGAAGAAAUCGAACCAUUAAAGCUGGACUCAGUCUAUAAAUCCAUUGGCUUUAAAGAAUUUACUAAGAAGGAGAUUAUUUACACAGAGAGAGCUAUUCUUGAGAAAAUUUCUACUCUAUCAUUUGUGACUGCAUAUGAUUUCUUGGCAUUGAUAACAGAAAAUUUGCAGACCUUUGCUAGAGAUGAAGAGAUGAUUUUGAGGGAAUUUAUUCAAGAAUCUGGCAAAGAACUUGAAGAAUGCAUCAUCCAUCCGCAUUUGAGUCAGUUCAAGCCAUCAAUCUUGUGAAUAAUCUGUUUGAAUCGUACAUUAGAUGAUUUUGCGAAAAAUACAAUGACAACGAAAGAUUGUGGGAAAGAAAACAUCAACCCUUUUGUUCAGAAUUUUGAGCAAAUUUCAAGCAUAGAGUACCUCAACCACAAAGCUCCCUUCUCUAGGGCUAGCAGCAACAAGCGACUUAAUGAGGAACUAAGAAUUCGGGCUCAAACAAAUUGCGCAAUUCUUGAGGCUAAAAAGGUCCAAACUUCUCCUUUUAGCCUCAAAAGAAAGCUAGUCAGAAGAUGGAGGAACCAGAUAAGUAAUCUUGAAGAGUACGGCAUGAAGAUGCCUGUCAUUCAGAGUGUCAUCUAAACCUUCCGACAGCAAUGAACAUUUCUG